CUACUUACUACUCUGGCGGGUUUUUGAAUGGGUUGGUUUUGAGCUUUGGUUGGUAUAUCAUAUUGAACCUUCGACACAGUAUAUUGGCAACCCAUUGUGCAGAAGUGUUUGACAGUGUGGUUGAGAAAAAUUAAUCAAUUACUAGACAUCAAGGAUAGGAUUUAAUGUAAAAAGGACAAAGCAAAAAGAACAAAGUUUGAAAGGUGGAUAACUAGGAGUCGACUGGGACCCAAGUCGGUCACUUUGCCUGUCCUUACAAGUUCAUUUAUUUCAAGAAGGCGACUGCUAUAGCAGCCGAUAUAAAUAAACAUGAACAAACGCGUAAUAUUAAAGCUGAGUAUGAUGUUUACCUGCAAAGGACGUGUUAAUGUGCUUGUGGAGUUGUCGGUGCAUUCACUUCUGAGUAGUUCUACUAAAUGCUUGUGUAAUUUACAGAUAUAGAUACAUAUAUAUGCUUAUAUGCAUUUGUUGUAUCUGAUGACUUGUCUUGGCAAUUAGUUCGCGGUUUAUAAUGGUUGAUAGCUUAGGUAAGAGUUGUGCGAUCCAAGUCAGAGCUUCCGAAUUGUUUAUUUCGCAUGUUUUUCAGACCCUAUUAUUUCUGGGUCCUAUCUUUAUUUACUGUUUAUAGAGUUAAUUAAUUUAUGUGCUUUGCAUCCUCACGUGUCACCUGUGGAUGAAAUAAGUUAGUGGUCGCUGUAUAGUAUAUCUGAUUUUUCGAUGCUACGUCCUUAUGACAUUACGUUUCGUUUCUGCUACACAGGUUGAGUAGCUAUAUACCCUAUAACGUCGUCUCUGUUCUUAAUGAUGAAACAUCGGUAUGUGGGUAUGUGGUGUGUCUUUAUGCAUUAUUCUCUUUUCAUUUCACCACCUCUCAUACAAGUCACUUUCUUAAUCAACCGGUGGGUAAUUAGUGCUCACUAGUGGAAUUCUCAUCUCAAUCUCUUACCAGGUCUUCCGCAACCAUUAUGGUGGUUGAAAUUGUGCAAUAAUGGUUUGUUAAAACUGUUCCAAAGCCAAUUAUUUGGUCGGUACAUAAUAGUUAUGCUGUUUAUUUCAGAUUGUGCAAUUGACAAGUGAGUACUAUGAAAACCAUGAAGAUGUAGUUGUCACAGUGUUAUGGGAACACCAAGUAAUUAGAUAAGCGGAGUUAAUUGACAAAUUCGUUUAUUUUACGCUUAGUUGUAGUAGAUAAUUAAAACAGAAAAAUAGCACAAUGAAGUCAAUCUUAGGAAUGUAUUCACACCCGGAUGAUAGCCUACGAAUAUAUUCGGUCUGUUCAGUAAUCUGUAUAAAAGCAGUAGAACUUAAGCCGUAAAAAUGUGUUAGUUAUAACCACCCAAUUUGAAAGCUGUAUCAUAGCCCCAGUAGGGUUCAAAGAUUUCCUGCACGCUCAGUCAUUUUGAUGGCUUAGAGUAUCAAUUCUGGACUUCUUGAAGAUGUUCUGUCGUACUAUCUACGUUUCCACAUAUGAAGUAGCCAGACAAGCAUGUACAGUCUUUCCAGCACUAAGUCCUGUUCAUCGAUCUUUUGUUGGUGGUGCAGUGGCUUCAUGUAUUGCUCAAGGUUUUUUCGUUCCGAUUGAUGUUGUGUCUCAACACUUAAUGGUUGUGAAUUGUAAUCGUGUUCAUGCAAAUAUGGUCGACAAAAAUUCAAAUCUAUCAUUUAACCCACACCGUUUCCGUCCAUUAACUCCGGUUCAUUUAACACAAAAUGAAAUGAAUUCCAAUUGGGGUCGUCUUUGUGGCGUAAUUCGUUAUAUUAAACAGACUCACGGGUUAAAAGGUUUCUACAAAGGUUGUUUAAUAUCUAUGUGCACUUUUGUACCUAGUUCGGCAUUGUGGUGGUCUUUUUAUGAUAAAUUUUGUAAUCUGAUCCAUUUUAUUUCAAAGAAAAUGUGUAAGGAACAUGUUCAAGACUCGGCAUUGUCACUAUCAAAGGAUGAUUCUGCUCCAGUUCCAAGGUUAUUGAUUCAAUUGAUUUCGGCUCCUCUAGCUGGAAUUUCAUCUGCUAUUAUUGUUAAUCCUCUUGAUGUUGUUCGUGUACGAAUGCAGGUUUCACAUAUACCAUUCAAACAAAGUGUUAUUCAUUUAUGGCAAUUUGAAGGAAUACGUUGGUUUUCCAAAGGUUUAUCCGCUCGUCUUAUCCAAACAACAUUUCAUUCAUUUUGGGUUGUUUUAGUUUAUGAACCUAUGAAGUUAUUUUGUUUAAAAGAUGAUUAUCGGAAUAAAUUUUCUAAUGUAUAGAUAGAUGAAAAGAAAAUUAUUGCGUCUUUUUAUUUUUUUCUCUAAUGAUUUAUGUUUUUAUUUGUUUGUGUAUCAAUCUAGCAUUAUGGCUACCACCACUACUGACUACUACUGCUACUACUAUCAAUACACUGUAUUUAUAGAAAUUUUUCCGAAUUGUAUAUAUUUUUCGAUAAAUCUAUUUUGAUUGUGAUAUAUACGUAUGUAGUUGAUAAGUAUGUUAUUUAUCAUCUUUCAUAGUUUUGUCUACUAGACCAUGACAACUAUAUUGUUUAUGUUAAAUGCUAAUAAUAAGCUGUUAAAUGUCCACAGAAUCCUAUUCAGUAUGUACAAUAAAGUUAACUUGCACCUAAACUAAUUAAUUUUCAAUCAAUAAUGAAGUAAUUAUAGUAGAA